AUGGCUGCUGUUGGUAAAUGAAGGGGAUAGAAGCAGGAUGAAGAUGUGUUAGUCACCGUCUGAACGAUCGUGCAUUUAUAUAAAAAUGACGAUCUGGCGAAUGAGCGAAAGCAGGUCAAAAUUCGGCGUUGCAAUUUGCAACUUCAGAGAUGAAACGCCACAUCGCUUGAAAUUGGACAUUGGAGACACAGUCCAUAUUGUGCAGGAAACAGAUGACUGGUACCAUGGCUUCCUCAUCAGGGACCGGUCGGAGGUGGGGGUGUUCCCCAAGUCCUUCGUCCACGUCAAGGAGGCUACUAUUGACAUGGCUGGGUCGAACGAGCUGAUCACGCCGGUGGAGCCCCAGAUUGUACAUGAGCUGACCACUGUGCUCAGAGAAUGGCACGGCAUAUGGAAACAGCUCUAUGCGAACAAGAGCAGGAAGGACUUCGACAAGAUCAAAGACAUGAUGCUGGAACUGAUUUCCUGGAGGAGAAAGAUCCUGUCCCGAAAACUUACAAAUGACGAGCUGAAGGUGCUGCAGCAGGAGAUUACCUCAAGGAUCGAUGCUGGCAACGAUCUGUUGAAGUUAGACAUGACGGUGCGAGACGACCAAUGUAAUAUCCUCAAUCCCGAGUCUACUAGUGUGAUAGAGGUGUACAGAUGUCAUGUGAAUGCAGCAGAAAGAAUCCGAAGACAGACAAGUGCAGUCAUCAGUGAAGAGAUCAGUAAACAAGUCUCCCUACCCCUUACUUUCAACCUGUUUGUAAUGCUGAGGAACUUUGUGUGCAAAAUCGGUGAAGAUGCGGACAUUUUGAUGAACUUGUUUGAUGCCAAGGAGGGUAAAUUCAUCAGUGAGAACUAUCUUGUGAAAUGGAGUAAGGAGGGUGUACCAAAGGAUAUCGAGAUGUUGAACAACUUCAGAGUCGUCUUCACGGAUCUUGGAACGAAGGACCGAAUGAGGGAGAAGGUGUGUCUGGUCUUCCAGAUUAUCAGAAUAGGUGUGAUGGAUCAAAAAGAUGCUGACAACAAGAAACAAACUCAGGGUAUUAGACGUCCAUUCGGAGUGGCAGCUAUGGAAAUCUCAGACUACAUUCAAGGAAACAAAGAGUGCAAUGAGGACCAACAAUACUUCAUCCCUUUUCAGCAAUGUGGCGAGAAAGAAUUCAUGGAGAAUGUUAUCAAGAAAGUCAUCACAGCUAAAGACAUCAACCACAAAGGGCAAGGGAUCUGGGUGUCGCUCAAAAUACUCCCCGGGGACCUCAAGCAGGUACAGGAAGACUUCCCUCAUAUUGUCGGCGCCAACACUCCCAUCGCACGCAAGAUGGGAUUUCCGGAAGUCAUUAUGCCAGUGGAAGGCGAUGUGAGAAAUGAUAUCUAUGUGACCUUGAUGCACGGAGAGUUUACGAAGGGGCCAGCCAAAACCGCAGACAAGAAUGUUGAAGUUACCAUGAUUGUUUGCAACAAACAGGAAGGGGUGUUACAGAACGUGAUCAGCUAUGGUUGCGGAGACAGCAUGAUGUCGGAGUACAAGUCGAUGGUGUACUAUCAUGAAGACAAGCCCAAGUGGUUUGAGUUUGUCAAGGUUGCCAUAUCAACCGAUGAAGAAUUUAAGGGUCUGCAUCUGAAAUUUCUCUUCAAACAUAGAUCUUCUUCAGAAGCUAAGGACAAGUCAGAGAAACCAUUUGCGAUGUCCUUUGUGAACCUGAUGAAUGAGAAUGGGACAACUCUUGAGGAUUUAUCUCACGAACUUCUGGUGUACAAGAUUGAAAGUAAGAAACAUGACGACAGCCCAUCAUACCUAGAUCUACCAUCAACCCGCUUGGACCUGGAACACAAACAGGCAAAUGACAAAAGCCGCCAGUCAAUCCAGGCUGGUUCCUACACCCUCAGCAGCAGAGAUUCCUUCCACAUAACGUCCUUCGUCUGUUCCACCAAACUCACACACAACGUUGACCUGCUGGGGCUGCUGAAGUGGCACGAGGUUCUGAACGACACCGAGGCUCUGAAGCGCCACCUGUGGCACGUGAUGAAGGAGGAGGGAGAGGAGAUCGUCAAGUUUUUACAAGAUUUGCUGGAUUCCCUCUUCAACAUCCUGAUGCAGAACUCAAACUCAGAAUCGUGCGACAACCUCGUCUUUGAUGCUCUGGUGUACAUCAUUGCUCUGAUCUCGGACCGAAAGUACUCCCAGUUCCGGCCUGUGCUGGACGCCUACAUUGAGAGCACGUUCAGCUUUGCCAUGGCGUACAAUAAGCUGAUGGUGAUACUGAAGGACUAUGUAGACAACGCCAAUGAGAAGACCAUCAGGAAUGACUCUCUCCUCCGUGCCAUGAAGUCCCUGGAAUAUAUCUUCAAGUUCAUCAUUCGGUCACGAGUUCUCUUUGCAAUGAUCAACGAAGGGCGUGGCAAGCAGCAGUUCGAGAUCACACUGAAGAACCUGCUCCAGUCCAUCAACACGAUGAUGCUGUACUUCACAGACCACACACUGCUGAUACAGGGGGCAGCACUGAAAUACAUGAGUGCAACGAUCACAGACAUCAUGACUGUCUUUGAUCCAGUGGAACUGAGUCACAUUCUGGUUCAGUUCAUCAACAAUGUACCCAAAGACCGUCUGACCCGCCAGAAGAUGAAAUGUAUCGAUGACAUCAUCCAUACAGAACUCUUCAAACUUCCAGACUGUCGCCUGGUGCUGCUGGCGCCGAUCCUGGAGCACACCCAGCUGUUGAUGGAGAACAAGGAGGAGAUGGAGGACUGCGUCAGCGUCCUCAGUGACAUCAUGCACAUCUUGUGGACACCAUUACCGGGCACACAUGAGGCUGAAAUCAGCGUCCUAGAGAAGAUCAUUCUGCGUACAGUCAUACAGUCAGUCAUCGGCAUGGACCGCAGCACUAAACAAGCGCUAUCUAGUUCACAAGAACUUGAGGACGGAACAGUGCAUGAUGUUGGUGGCAACUGUGUGGCAGUCAUGAUGAGCAUUCUUCGUCAGAUGUCAGAAAACCAUUACCAAGGUUACAUCAAGAGCUUCCCAACGACCUUUGACCUUUUGGACUUUCUGAUGGAAAUUCUCAUGGUAUUCCGUGACCUUGUCAGUCGCAACGUCUACCCGUCCAAUUGGUUGGAGAUGAUCAUGCUACAAAAUAGCAUAAUACUACGAGCCCUGCGUUUCUUUGCAAACACCAUCCAUGACAAGUUCUCAAGUCCAUUUGAACAACAGCUUUGGAACAACUUCUUCCACUGCACGAUCUCAUUCCUCAUCCAAGAUCCUCUACAGCUGGAGAACUGUCUGCCCUCCAAGAGACACAAGAUCAUAUCCAGAUAUAAGGACAUGAGGAGGGAGACAGGCUUCGAGAUCAGAGCCAUGUGGUUCAAACUUGGCCAAAAUAAGACACAGUUUAUCCCAGAAAUGGUCGGGCCAAUAUUAGAAAUGACACUGAUUCCAGAAAGUGAGUUGAGAAAAGCAACAAUCCCCAUCUUUUUCGACAUGAUGCAGUGUGAAUUCUCACAACCUAUUCCAAGAUCCAAGUCUUUGCAGGGAAACUUCAAUCAGGUUGAGAAUGAGAUGAUCACGCAGCUGGAUGCCCUGGUGGAAGGUGGUCGGGGGGACGAGCAGUACAUGGAGCUGAUGUAUGACAUACUGAAGCAGCUGUGUAGUGGUCACGCGACGAUGAGGGACCAGGGUCUGGUGUUCGUGGAGACGAUACGGAAGCUGCUACAGCGCCUCCUGGAGUACCGCCUCAUCAUCCAGGACGAGAUCAAGGAGCACAGGAUGAGCUGCAUCGUCAACCUCUUGGAUUUCUACCAUGACAUCAAUCGGAAGGAAAUGUACAUCCGCUACUUGCACAAACUGUGUGACCUUCACCUUGACUGUGACAACUUCACUGAGGCAGCCUACACACUUAUGCUGUAUGCCAAGCUCCUUCAAUGGUCCGAGGAGUCCCUGCCGCCGAUGUUGCAGAAUGACAAGUACCAGGACUGCAUGACACACCGCGAACUGAAAGAGAAACUGUACUAUGACAUCGUCAACUACUUUGAGCAGGGAAAGAUGUGGGAGAAAGGCAUUGAGCUGUGCAAGGAGCUGGCUCGCAUGUACGAAGAGGAGCUGAUCGACUAUCCCAGCCUCAGCCUCAUUCUGAAGAAGCAGGCCGAUCUCUACGACAGCGUCAUGAAGGAGAUGCGACCGGAACCAGAGAUUUCCGUGUAAUCGGCAGGGUAUUUCCGUGUCGGCUACUACGGUCUUGGAUUCCCAUCUUUCCUCCAGAACAAGAUGUUCAUCUACCGUGGCAAGGAGUACGAAAGACUUGCUGAUUUCAAUGCCAGGAUGCAGAACCUGUUUCCAAAUGCUGAUCUGAUGAAAACUCUCGACACUCCUGGUGAUGACAUCCGAGACUCCCCAAAGCAGUUCCUCCAGAUCAAUGCUGUCAGCCCAGUAAUGGAGCUGAAGGAGAGGUUUGUGGACAAACACAUCAGUGAGCAGAUUCUCAAGUACUACCGCGUCAAUGAGGUCCAGAAGUUUACAUACUCCAGACGGUCCGAGGAGAGCAGUAACGACGUCACUAAAAUGUGGCUGGAGAGGACGAACCUGAUCACGGCCUACCCUCUGCCGGGCAUCGUGGGCUGGUACCCUGUCACAAAGAUAGAAACAGUGGCUGUCAGUCCGCUGGAAAGUGCAAUAGAAACCAUUGAGUCAACCAACAAGAAACUCUCCAGUGCCAUAGAGCAGCAUCGGCACGACUCGGAACAGAGGGUCGACCCUUUGGGGAUGUUGCUGAACGGAGUAGUUGAUCCUGCUGUCAAUGGGGGAAUCUCAAAAUACAAGGUGUUCUACAAUGAGGAGUAUGUACUGCAGAGCGGUGGUGAGAAAGAUCGAGUCAUGGUAGAGAAGCUCCGAGAACUCACAGUUCAGCAGAUUGUGUUGCUGAGAGACGCCCUGUACAUCCACCGCAGGAAGGCUCCGGAAUCUCUGAAGCCCUUCCACACCCACAUGGAGCAACGGUUUGCAGAGAUGUGCAACAUCAUCGAGAGAGAGUAUGGCAUUAAGGUAGCAGACCGGGGUUUCCACUCAGCGACUUUGAGACGUAACCAGUCUUUGCCGAUCUGUACCAACAACCGACUGAGUGGCACCUCCUUAGGCAGCCCUGUUGCAGACAAAAAACGGAUGCUAAAACAGAAAAGAGCCAACUAUGCUAUCCCAACCACGCCUAUAACGAAGGGCGCGUCGACGCAACGAUCACAGUCAGUGUGGGUGAAAGCGGACAAGCUCACAACACGACGGCCGCCCAGACCAGAGACAGAACGCAGAGGAAGUCGGCCACCCAGCAACCAGUUCCGACCAGAUCAGCUGUUGAGUACAAGCAGUUUGAGCCUGUCAUCGGCUAACACCCUAACAGAUACCAGCGACACCGACAUGUCGUCCGAUGAUCCCCCGCCCCUCCCAGACAAGCAGGGGGCCGACUACAGCAAUUCUUCCGUCGACUCCACUCCCGUCAUGAGGCGCACAUCCGUCACGCCUGGAUCCCAUAAAAACAAGCCAGUGCCACCUCUUCCACUUGAUACGGACGAUGAUGACAUUCCACCACCCGUGCCUGAAAAACCUUCGCUACCCCACUGAUCCUGCGACCUUCACCUUUGUGCCUAACCCUGAAGGGCAAGGGAAUGUCAGCUGCAGCAUGCAGAGAUCACCUUUGAUCUCUGUGCUUAACUGGAGCCAUAGCAAUGACCUGAUGCAUGUGAAGGUUGUAAGGACAUGACCUCUUGACCUUGACCUCCUCUUGACCUGAGUCUUUUAUUGGAAAUGACCUAUGUAGCAUGAAGGUCAGUUUCUAGAUGACCUUAGCCUUGCUAAAUAAAGGGAAUGGAGCAUGUCCUUGAACUCUGAGCAAAGGUCAAUGAAAUUGACCUCAGUAUUAAUGUAGGUCACCACAAGAGCAUCAUGUCAGUGACUCCAGAGAAUCUCGCCUCAUUAUGCCUAGAGCAUUGUCUGAUGUUAUGUCUUUGAGAUAUGUCAAACUAUUGGAGAAUGUUUCACAACCAUGCUUAUGCUCACAAACUGGUACAAUAUCAAAACAUUAAGUCUAAUAACCUUUUUUAUGCCUUGAUCAUCAGCAUUUUAUUAUAUAUUUUAUGGCGUUAGUUCUUGUUGGAGAAGUAUCAGUUACUUGUCAAAUUCAUUCAGCAUUGUGGAUAUACACAGAGGUCAUGAGCAUAGGUAUGUUUGUCAAACUUCCCUGGUAUUCUGUGGAUGUCAGCAAUAUUUUCUGGCCGAACACGAUCUUGCCGAGCUGUGUAUGUACUAGUGUCUCUGUGCAGAAUUCUCUCACAUAUGCAUGAUGUGCGAAGCUAUCACAGAAUUGUUCAACAUCAACCUCGUAUCUGCGAAAAGUAUUUCCUCACAGUCAAACAACCCAUCAACAAGCCUCAAGAUGUAUAUUAGCAAUCUAAAUGGCUUAUACUAUAGGGCACCAUCUUUGUAGAACGAUAUGUAAAUAACUAAAUGUGUCAAUGAUUGUCCAGUGACAUAAUGAUUUUUUUAAAUACUGUCAUGUACAAAGUGGUCGCUCAUAUUGUAGGAAUCGAUUUGAUUUAUUUGUGAACGAAAACACACACAAAAUGAUUUUAGUCCUUGUUAGGAAAUCAUAUUCUUAAACAGAUCUCUUUGAAGACUCCCUCUCUUUUUCGCUAACGAUCUCUUUCAAAUGUAGUCCUCUUACUCUCUGGAUCUCUUCUCUAUUGCUUUUCAAUUGCUUGUGCAUCAGAGAUCAUAAUAGCGUGUCUAUGUUAUGAAGAUGUUCUGUGUGUAUUUGGAUGCCACUUGGAUCAUAUUUUCCUUGCAACAUUUCAUCAAGUCAUCGCUCAAUUUUUUUAAGGAAAG